AUGGCAGCUACCGAAACUGCUUCUUUCGUCGCGCAAGACGAGAACCUCCCCGAUACCGUUCCCACCAAAUCCUCGACAAUACUCAGCGUUCCAGCCCUACGCGCGGGGAUUUCAACCUUACCUCAAGAACUUUACGACAAGAUUUUCGACUUCACAUUCACAUACAAUGGCGAGGCUCGGGAGAUCGCCUCCACCGUCGAAAACAACAACGGCGACGUCCACCUCGUCACGUGGAAACCACCAGCAGCGCUACAAGUCUCCAAGAAGACGCGCGAGACCUACGCGGCUGCGUUCUACGGCAGCGCUCUCCCAUGGACCGUCGGGUGCUACGGCAACGAAGUAUAUGGGGACAUUUGGAGUUGGUGGCACGCACAGUCGGAGAAAGCGCAUGAGAUAUUGCUGAACGUCCACAUCUCGCGGAUCUCCGAACUCAGAUCUGUUGGGAGCGGCUACGAGCUCAUUGAUAUGUCAUGUGAGAUGGACCCUGAUGGCGAACCCGAAUGGUUCGGUCUAUCAAUGGAGAAGCACAGCAUGGCUUGCCUAGACCCGGGCUCUAUCUGCRAAAUUUCCACGAUGAAACCCGGAGGGAUGAUUAUAGAAGGAGAGGAGUGGAUCGGCGAUGAGUACAUCGCCGCUACCGGGGAUCUACUCGCUUCAUUCACUACGCCCGACGACUCGAUCGAUAUUCAGGUGUGGGCGUUGCAGAACAACCCAGCACCACCAAGGAUCAGGAUAUUGUGGGGUCAACAAAACUACACCUAA